AUGGCUCUCAAGAGAAUCGGAAAGGAGCUGAAGGACAUGGAGCGGGACCCCCCCUCCUCCUGCUCUGCAGGCCCUCUCCCCAACCCCAACGACAAGGACCAGUUCCGCUGGCAAGCUACCAUCAUGGGUCCCUCCGACUCUCCUUACUCUGGCGGUGUCUUCUUCCUCGAGAUUCACUUCCCUACCGACUACCCAUUCAAGCCCCCCAAGGUCCACUUCACCACUCGCAUCUACCACCCCAACAUCAACUCCAACGGUAGCAUCUGUCUGGAUAUUUUGAGAGACCAGUGGAGUCCUGCUCUCACACUCUCCAAAGUCCUUCUGUCCAUAUGCUCUAUGCUGACUGACCCCAACCCUGACGACCCUCUGGUGCCUGAGAUCGCUCACGUCUACAAGACGGACCGGCCUCGAUACGAAGCCACCGCCCGGGAAUGGACCCGCAAGUACGCGAUCUAA